UGAGUACCAGGAUGGCACAUCAACUUCAGUUAGAGAAUGACAAAUACAGACAGUGGGUAAAGGCUGGUUUAGGACUUAGAUAUUUAAAAGAAGGACUCACACCAUUUUGUAAUGACAUUGCUUAUCAACAACAUAAGGAUAUCUUACAAAAUAUUAGGUCUACAAAAAAAUCAUUACCAUCAACUGUGACGUGUGGCAGCUGUCGAGUAGAAACUCUUAAGCCAGAUCAUAAGCCAGAUCUUGGGAAUGCUAGAAACAAGGUUUGUCCCUUUGGGCAAGUAAAAUGCAGCUGUUGCUUUCUUAAGGUCAAAAUUGCAUGUCCGAACAACAUUUGUGGCGCAAUCUAUGACUAUAUUGUGCAGCAGCAUGCAUCCUCACCACCUUCACCUUACUGGAAAAACACUGAUGCUCAACAGUGGACGAUAGACCCUUGGAGCAUUUGUAAAUGUUUUAUAAAUGCUCCAGGGUACGAGGACAGGCAAUCUGCUAGUGCAACUGAUUCUACUGGGUUAUUACAUGUAUUGAUAAAUAACCAGUAUUUUCAUAGCCACAUUGGAUGCAAUGUCACAGGAACAAACAAUCUUUUGUCAAAGGUGCGUCAGUAUAGAAAUACUAUUUUUCACUCAAGCAGCAUGGAAUUAGAAGAAAGUGAGGCAAAUAUGUAUAUUGAGGAUAUGAUUGCAGUUCUACAAGAUGGUAAGGAGCUAUUACAACGAUCAGAUACUCAGAUAGCGGUGACGAAACUGCAAGAUCUGAAGAAGAAAGAUUUCAUUGUUACCACUGAAGACUUUAAAGAAAUCCUGAGGCAAAUCAAGGAGGAAUUGGCGAAAGUUCAAAAAUUGGCUGAAAAUUCUCCCACCAAAGAGGAAUUUGAGGUGCUCACAAAUAAACUUGAAACACAGAUGUCCAAACUAAAAGAGGAGAUAAAAAGACUCAAGGAAAACGAUUCUCCUCAACAAAAACAGUUAAGAUAUGAAAAGGCUAAAUUAGCAAUGAGGAAAAAGCUUAUGGAUCAGUAUCACAAAACCCUGCUGCAAGUUCCUACAACACCUGUACAACCACACCAUGGAAAAUGUAGCUUUAGUGAGAUUUAUAUUAGACCCACAAUAACGAGCGAGAAAGAAGGAGAAAAGGGUGAGACAGAGGAGGUGGAGGUUAAAACAAUGUCAGAAAUCUUCACAAAGAACGGAAUCCCCCAAAAAUCUGUAUAUCUUGUUGGCGAUGCAGGGUCAGGAAAAACUAGUUUUUGUAAAUAUCUAGUCAACUGUUGGUGUUUGGCACACAGUGAGAAACUUAAAGAUGAAAUUGAAAAUGAGGAUGGUAAUAAAAAACAUAAAGGUGACAUUGCAAAUGAAAAGGUAAAUGAGGAACAUUAUGGAGACUUUGAAAAUAAAGAAAGCAAAGAAAAAAAUGGAGGUGGCAAUAAUGAAAAAAAUGGAGGUGGCAAUGCAAAUGAACUAGGCAAUGAAAAACAUAAAGAACAUGUAAUUAACGUUGUAAAUGAAGAUGUAACUGAGGAACAUGGAGGCGACAAUGAAACACAUGGAGGUGACAAUGAAAAACAUAAAGGUGACAAUGAAGAGCAUGGACGUGAAAAUGAAGAGCUUGGAGGAAAAAAUGAAGAACAUGGAGGUGACAGUGAGAAACAUGAACGUGACAAAGAAGAACAAGUAGGUGACAGUGAAAAACAUGCUGGUGAGACUGAAGAACAUGGGGGUGACAAUGAAGAACAUGGACGUGACAAUGAAGAACAUGGAAGUUACAAUGAAGAACAUGGAAGUGACAUUGAGAAACAUCGCAGUGACAUGGAAGAACAAGUAUGUGACAAUGAAGGUAAUGGAGGUGACAAUGAAGAACAUGGAGUUGACAAUGCAGAACAUGGACGUGACAGUGAGAAACAUGGCGCAGACAAGGAAGAACAAGUAAGUGACAAUGAAGAACAUGCAGGUGACACUGAAAAACAUGAGGGUAAGAAUGAAAAACAUAAAGGUGACAUUGUAAAUGAAAAGGUAAAUGUAGAACAUGAUGGAGACUUUGAAAAUAAAGAAAACAAAGACAAAAAUGAUGGAGGUGGCAAUAAUAAUAAGGAUGGAUGUGGCAAUGAAAAUGAAGAAGGCAAUGACAAACAUAAAGAACAUGUAAUUGACGUUGUAAAUGAAGAGGUAACUAAGGAACAAGGAAGUGACAAAUACAAUAAUGGAGGUGACAAUAAAGCACUUAGAGGUGACAAUGAAACACAUAAGGGUGACAAUGUAGAACAUGGACGUGACAAUGAAGAACAUGGACCUGAAAAUGAAGAACAUGGAGGUGACAGUGAGAAACAUGGAGAUGACAGUGAAAAACAUGGAGAUGACAGUGAGAAACAUGGACGUGACAAUGAAGAACAUGGACCUGAAAAUGAAGAACAUGGAGGUGACAGUGAGAAACAUGGACCUGACAAGGAAGUACAAGUAGGUGACAAUGAUGAACAUGCUGGUGAGAAUGAAGGACAUGAAGGUGACAAUGAAAAACAUGGACGUGGCAAUGAAGAACAUGGGAGUGGCAGUGAAGAACUCGGAGGUGACAGUGAAAAAAAAGGAAGUGAUAGUGAAGAAUAUGGAGGUGACGAUGCAGAACAUGGAAGUGAAAAUGAAGAACAUGACGGUGGCGCUGAGAAACCUAGCGGUGACAAGAAAGAACAAGUAGGUGACAGUGAAGAAAAUGAAGGUGACAGUAAAGAACAUAGAGGUGAGAAUAAAAAACAAAGAGGUGAGAAUGAAGAACAUAAAGAUGACAGUGUAAAACCUGGAGCUGACAGUGAAGAACAUGGAGGUGAAAAUGUGAAACAUGACGGUGACAAGGAAGGACAAUUACAUGACAGUGAAGAACAUGGAGUUGACAAGGAAGAACAUGGAGGUGACAGUAAAGAACAUGGAGGUGACAGUGAGAAACAUGGACGUGACAAUGAAGAACAUGUAGGUGACAUUGAGAAACAUCGCGGUGACAAGGAAGAACAAGUAAGUCGCAAUGAAGAACAUGGAUGUGACAUUGAAGAACAUGGAUGUGACAGUGAGAAGCAUGUAUGUGACACUGAACGAAAUGGAGGUGACAAUUACGAACAUGAAGUUAACAGUGAAGAACGUGGAGGUGACAAUGAAGAAAAUGGAGGUGACAGUGAGAAACAUGGACGUGACAAUGACAAACAUGGAGUUGACACUGAAAAACAUCGCAGUGGCAAGGAAGAACAAGAAGGUUACAGUGAAGGACAUGAUAUUAACACUGAAAAACCUGAUGGUGACAGUGAAGAACAUGGAGAUGACAGUGAGAAACAUAGAAGUGACAAUAAAGAACAUAAUUUUGACAGUGGAAAGCAUUUUUGGGACAGUGUAAAACAUGGGGGUGCCAAUGAAGAACAUGGUGGUGACAAUAAAGGACAUGAAGGUAAUAAACAUGGCGAUGACAAGGAAGAACAAGUAGGUAAAAAUGAAAAACAUGGAGGUGACAGCAUAGAACAUGGAGGUGACAAUGAAAAACAUGGAGUUGACAGUGGGAAACAUGGACGUGACAAUGAAAAACAUGGAGGUGACAAGGAAGAACAAGAAGGUUACAGUGAAGGACAUGAUGGUAACAGUGAAGAACAUGGAGGUGUUAGUGAGAAACAUGGAUGUGAGAAUGAUGAUUAUGGAGGUGAAAAUGAAGGACAUGGAGGUGACAAUGACAAACAUGGACAUGACAAUGAAAAACAUGGAGAUGACAGUGAGAAACAUGAAAUUGACUGUUGGAAAAAUGUUGUUGACAAAGGGAAAAACUGGGUGCGUAACAAUAAAGAAAAUGAAGGUGACAAUGAAGAACAUGGAGCUGGCCGUGAGAAGCAUAGAAGUGAAAGUGAGAAACAUGGGGGCGACAAUGUAGAAAAUGGAGGUGCAAAAGAAAAACAUGGAGGAUUGAAUGAAGAAAUGAUAAAAAUGUGGGAUGAAUUUAGUUUUCAAAUUCAAAGGGAACAGGCUGGAUUGUGUGGUACAAAAACAAACGAAAUUGAAGGCAAGAAUUAUACCAAGGAGGAACUUGACUAUGAUAGUAAAACAUAUGAACAAAAAUUCAUGGGUGUAAAGGUGAUGAAGAAAUUUGAAUUUGUAUUUUACAUCCCUCUUAGACAGUAUCAGGACAUUGACAUUGAUAUAAUGCUUCAAAAACGCUAUCAAAUGGACAUUUUAAGCACACUUCUUGAAAAGGAAUCCUCUAGAGUUAUGAUUUUGCUUGAUGGCAUAGAUGAAUGGUCCUGUGAAAAUGUCCCAGAUCAUAGCAAAUUUAAGGAGUACACAAUAGUAACUACUUCACGUCCAUGGAAAUUUUUUACUUUGCGAUCAAUUGGUGUUGAUAUUAAACAAUCACUGAAACUAAAAGGGUUUGAUUUUAAAUGUGAAAGGGAAAUGGUAAAUAGGACAGUCUCACAAUUAAAUAAUAGAAAACAUGCUAAUAAAGACGCAAGAGACUGUAGGGCAAAGCUUAGAGAAAAAUCCCUUGGAAGUUUAAAACAGGUACCAAUUAUACUUCAACAAUUGAUUUGUCUAUGGUAUGAUGAUAAACUUGAUAAAACCUCAAGAGCUGCCAUCUACACGGGCAUGUUGGAACUUUUCUUUGCAUGGAAUGAUAUGAAAACUGCACAAACAAAUGGUCGAGACAAGGGUAAAAAGGAAGUUAAUCUUCCUAAAUAUUUAGCAGAUAAAACCAAAUUACAAUUUUACCGCCAUUUCAUUUAUGAUAUGUCACAAUUGGCUUAUAAGACACUGUUUAAUUGUCCAAAGAACAAAUCCUUGGCAUUUGACAUUUGUUUGUUGGAUAAACUAGACAUCUCAGAUGAAGUUAGGAAAAACUGCUUGAAACUUGGAAUAAUGACAGAAGAUGAACGUCCCAAUUUUACUCUUGUGUUUGCGUUAAUUGAAGAAUGUAAGGACUCAUCUUCUCCUGCAUUUUAUUUAGGAGAUUUGAUCAUUGAUGAAUUGAAUCAGUUCUGUGAUAAUGUUUAUUCAAGAAUUGAUCUGAAACAAAUUGCUACUGACUCUGUUCUGUCUAUUCGUUCACCUUUACAGAUGAACAGUUUAAAGGACAUUGAGCUUUAUUAUGUGACAAUGACUUUGACAACAUGGCAAAAGUUUGUUGAUAGUCUUCCUAGUAUUCCUCAUACUGUAAAUGUGAAAGUAUUGAAAUGUUGUAUAACAGAUGAUGGCGAGAUAGAGUUAAAUGAUGAUGAACAAGACUCACCAUUUAUUGGAAGUAAGGGAAAUGAUGCUAAACAGUAUGUUGUUAAAGAUCAAGAUAAACUAUUUCAUAUCAAACCUGAUGAUAUAUUUGUAUAUUUUCAUUCAUCUUUUGAUUUUUCUACAAAAAAGUGA